UUUUAAAAAGAAAAACAAGGAAGAAAUAUAUUAAAAAAAAGGGGAACGUUCUAGCAUCGGACUCGUGGAGUGGGCGUCGAAUGGGUUGGUGCUCUCCCUCUGGUCCGAAGCAGGCGGCCACGACAGUCAUCUGCUUCCUUACCGGCGUGGCUCUGUUCGUCACCGGCGCCCACCUCUCCUACGUCCACAUCGCCCCCCAGCAAGCCCGUACCCGCGCCCGUGACGAAUUCGUCCGCGAAUUCCUCCGCAAGAAGUACGACUACCCCAAAUAAUAACAGCGGCUUCCAGGCCCCCUAUGCGCUCAUCGAUGGCUUUGGUUCCGGCUCCGAACUUGGUGGAGUCUUCUGUGAUCGCGGAGGUGGACAUGGGAGGCGACUCCGAUCCAUCCUCCGUCACCAUCCGGGCCACCGUCGUGCAGGCCUCCACCGUCUUCUACGACACCCCUGCAACCCUCGAUAAAGCAGAGAGACUAAUUGCAGAGGCUGCUGCAUAUGGAUCACAAUUAGUUGUGUUCCCAGAAGCAUUUAUUGGUGGUUAUCCUCGUGGCUCUACCUUUGGUGUCACCAUAGGUAGUCGUUCAGCCAAGGGAAGAGAGGAGUUUCGGAAAUAUCAUGCUGCAGCAAUUGAUGUGCCUGGUCCUGAAGUUGACCGCUUGGCAGCAAUGGCUGGAAAAUAUAAGGUCUUUCUAGUAAUGGGUGUGAUUGAGCGGGCCGGAUACACACUUUAUUGUACAGUUCUCUUUUUUGACCCGCAGGGUCAAUACCUGGGAAAGCACCGCAAACUCAUGCCUACAGCUUUGGAACGUGUAAUAUGGGGAUUUGGAGAUGGAUCUACAGUUCCUGUUUAUGAAACUCCA